AUGCCAACCGCCGUGACUGGAUACGACUAUCCAGGAUAUGAGGAGUUAGGAAACAUCUUCAACAUCUCGGCCGCCGUUUCCAUUCCAUCCGAUGCUCGCAUUGUUGCAACCUCGGGGCAAAUCGCCGAUAAUCAUAACCCUCUUUGGGGAAGCCAUGCCGAACAAUUUGAAAAGUCAAUGAAGAAUGUUGAGAAAGCUUUGGCAUCUGCCUCACCUCAUAUAACAGACCCAAGGCAGCUCUGGGGAGGAGUGUUCUACGUUACUUCCUUCCAUGUUGGUGCUCUAACCAGAGAGGAGCAACUCCAAAUUGCCGAAAUUGCGAGGAGGACUUUUGGGAGCAACAAGCCAGCAUGGGCAGCUAUUUGUGUGAAUGCUUUGUUCCCACCCGAAGCUCUUGUUGAGAUUCAAGUUCAAGCGGCAUAUCGGGACGAGCAGAGAGAUUAA